AUGUAUUAUAACACUUAUGAUUCUCUUAACUGCGUUCGCCACGACAAGUCUUCUUUCGAAAGAAAAUACCGCGUAAACAACGUCCUCGGCAAAGGAGGAUUCGGCACUGUUUACGCCGGCACCCGAAUUCGAGAUGGCGUCCCUGUGGCAAUAAAGCAUAUCGAAAACGAAAAAGUGACCAGUUGGGAUAACUACGAAGGACGAAGAAUUCCACUUGAGGUGAUGCUCCUGCAAAAGACAGCUCACGUUAGUGGCGUCAUUCGUCUGCUUGACUGGUACGAGCACAAUGGAUCCUUCAUCAUCGUCAUGGAGCGACCCGAGACCGUGAAGGACAUGUUCGACUACAUUACCGAGCGUGUGUCGCUUGAUGAGCGCCUGGCGCGAUUAUUCUUCCGCCAAGUCGUCGAAACCGUAAUCCACUGCCACAAGGCUGGCAUCGUUCACCGAGAUAUCAAAGACGAGAACAUUCUGGUUGACCAGCGAACUCUGUCGCUGAAGUUGGUUGACUUUGGCUCUGGCGCCUACCUGAAGGAUACUCCCUACAAUGACUUUACUG